CUGAAACAGCUCGAAGUUGACGAGCGCGGACUCGACGGCACCGACACUCGCAUGCUGCUCACCAUCAUCGAGAAGUUCGAGGGCGGUCCCGUAGGAUUAGACACCAUAGCGGCGUCCAUCAGUGAAGACAGCGACACCAUCGAGGACGUGUACGAGCCAUACCUACUGCAACUCGGCUUCCUUGACAAGACCCCCCGGGGCCGCGUAGCCACCCGCCGCGCCUACGACCACCUCGGCUUCGACUACGCCAAAGACAACCCCAACUCACCCCAGGCCUCCUUAUUCCAGUGA